CCCUAAAAUUAUUAUAUUAAGAAUUCAAGUGCUCUACGUCAUUCCCAUUUUAUUGUCGUAUACUAUAAGUUUCACAAUUUUUACACUUUCUCUCUAACAACGCAUUUCACUGAAAUGGGGACAAUCAUUCUGUAUCCAUCUCCAGGGAUGGGCCAUCUCAUAUCAAUGGUGGAGCUUGGAAAACUUAUCCUCAAACACUAUCCUUCCUACUCCAUCGUCGUCCUCACACUCAUCCCCUCCUUCAACACCGGUACCACCGCCACCUAUGUCCGCCGCAUCUCUACCACCUACCCCGCCAUCGCUUUUCACCACCUCCCUGAUAUCCCUCUUGACCCCUUACUUUACCCCUCCAUGGAAGCCAUCAUCUUUGACCUUAUUCGUCUUAGCAACCCCAACGUCAACAACGCCUUACAAUCCAUUUCUCAAUCCUCUAAAGUCACCGUCUUCAUCAUCGACCUUUUUUGCACGCCGGCGAUGUCUUUGGCCGAUAAACUCAACAUCCCUGUUUACUAUUUCUUCACUUCCGGUGCAUGUUGCUUGGCGCAAUUCCUUUACUUUCCAACGAUUCACAGAACCACCAAUGAAAGCUUUAAAGAUAUGAACAGACCCAUCCACUCGCCGGGAUUGCCACCGAUACCCUCGUCGGAGAUGAUAAGCCCGCUUCUCGAUAGAACAACUACUGAUUAUUCCGACUUUCUUGAAUUCUGUGAGCACUUCCCUAAGUCAGCUGGGAUCAUCGGCAACACAUUUGACUCGUUGGAACCAAAAGCCAUUAAAGCAAUUACCGACGGAUUGUGUGUCCCGGAUCUACCUACUCCGCCGCUGUACAGCGUCGGACCGCUGGUGGCUCCCGGUGAGGAUAGUCAACACGAGUGUUUGAAUUGGCUCGAUUUGCAACCGAGUCGAAGUGUUGUUUAUUUGUGUUUUGGGAGUUUGGGUUUGUUUUCUGCUGAUCAGUUGAAGGAGAUCGCUACGGGGUUGGAGAUGAGUGGGCAGCGGUUUCUAUGGGUGGUCCGAAGCCCACCGUCACAUAAUCAAGCCGACCGGUUUCUGCCACCGCCGGAGCCGGACUUGGAUUUGCUACUGCCGCAGGGUUUCUUGGAUCGUACAAAAGAUCGGGGACUUGUAGUGAAGAAAUGGGCGCCGCAAGUGGCAGUUCUGAGCCACGAGUCAGUCGGUGGGUUUGUGACUCAUUGUGGGUGGAACUCGGUGUUGGAGGCAGUACGUGUUGGUGUUCCGAUGGUUGCAUGGCCGCUUUAUGCUGAGCAGAGGUUUAAUAAGGUGGUGUUGGUUGAGGAAAUGGGGUUGGCUCUUCCGAUGGAUGAGUCCGACGGCGGGAGGGUGGCGGCGACGGAGGUGGAGAAGCGGGUUAGACAGUUGAUGGAGGCGGAGGAAGGGAAAGCUGUUAGGGAGGUGGCGAUGGCGAGAAAACUGGAUGCUGCUAGGGCAAUGGAGGACGAUGGGUCUUCUCGUGUAGCACUUUCGAAGUUGGUUGAAUCAUGGUAGCUAUAUGUGAAUCAUUAUAGCUAGUUCAUUACACGACAGAUUAAUGUUGUCAAAAGUAUCAAAAUAAUGUCUUUAUUUGUGUAUUUUAUGUUCACCUGACCUUUGAGACUA